AUGCGCCCCCUGUCCGGUGGCCGCUUUUGGGGCGGUCCUCUGUCCUGUCUUCUUUUCUCCACGUGAGGGGGUGCGCGAAUUCCCAGUGGUGGCCUCGCGCUCCGCACCUCUGCGGCUCUCGUGCCCCUUACGAUGGCGGGCAUCCUGUUCGAGGAUAUUUUUGAUGUGAAAGACAUUGACCCAGAAGGCAAGAAGUUUGACCGAGUGUCUCGGCUGCACUGUGAGAGUGAGUCUUUCAAGAUGGACCUCAUCUUAGAUGUAAACAUUCAGAUUUACCCCGUGGACUUGGGUGACAAGUUUCGGUUGGUCAUAGCUAGUACUUUGUAUGAAGAUGGUACCUUGGAUGAUGGCGAAUACAACCCCACAGAUGACAGGCCUUCCAGAGCCGACCAGUUUGAGUAUGUAAUGUAUGGGAAAGUGUACAGGAUUGAGGGGGACGAGACCUCAACCGAAGCAGCGACACGUCUCUCUGCAUAUGUGUCCUAUGGGGGCCUGCUCAUGAGACUUCAGGGUGAUGCCAACAACCUACAUGGAUUUGAGGUGGAUUCCAGAGUGUAUCUGCUGAUGAAGAAGCUGGCGUUCUGAACCUCGUGGGAAACCAGCCUUGCUGCUUCGUCACUCAAGUCGUGGAUGUUGUUCAACCCUGAGUAGAAGCUGGCCGUGUUCGCCUUCAAAAGGGACUGGGCUCUGUGUCCACUGUGGGUGCGUCUUCAGUCUGUCUGAAUUCGGUGGAAAACUCACUUGUUUGUGAAAGGCCAAGUGGGAGAGCUUAGCACAAAUCUCAA